CGUACAUUUCCUAUUUAUACCACGCCACGCACUUGCUCUUUCUCGCAUCCUCCUCCCUCUUCUUUUUUCCUGAGAGAAAUUCUUCCUCUCCUAGCUUUCUGCUCCAUGAAAAACAAAACCUCCACUAGAUAGCUAGCAGCUCUGCCUGUAUUCGCAAACUCUAUCAGUUUCUUCUUGAUUUUAAUUAGUUGCAUUUCAGUACAGACCAGAUCGGCUGCUACCUGAUCUUUAGCUAGCUUUGCUUCAUCUGUGUGGAAGACAUGGAGGCGGAGGUACCCAAGGGGCCGGGCAAGACAAAGAAGGGCGGGAAGAGAAGCAGGACAAGUGGCGGCAGAACAUCAACAACGGCAGCGAUGGUGGAGAGGAAGGAGGUGGAGAGGGAGAGAAGGCAGCACAUGAAGCAGCUUUGCGCGAAGCUUGCCUGCCUCAUCCCAAAAGAGAACUACUCCUCCACUGAUGCAAUGACUCAGUUAAGAAGCUUGGACGAAGCGGCAAAGUACAUUAAGAAGCUCAAGGAAAGGAUUGACGAGCUACGCCAAAGGAGGAGCUAUGCGCAGGCCAUAGCCACCUUAAAAGAUAUUGGUGGUGUCUCAACACCCACCACCACCAUUAGUGGUGGGGUGGGGUCGUCGGGGUUAGAAGGCGAGAAAAAUGCCUCGAUGCUGGUGGUGGAGGUGAUCCAACACGAUGAUUCAAGCAUGGACGUGGUAAUGAUAUGUAAUGUAGAUAGCCCGGUCAAGCUCCACGAGGUGAUUAUUGUUCUUGAUGAAGAAGGUGCCGAGAUCAUCAAUGCCAACCACUCAGUCGCUGGCCUAAAAAUCUUCUACAAUAUACACUGUCGGGCCUUGAGCUCAAGAAUUGGCAUAGAUGUUUCAAGGGUUUCUGAAAGAUUGAGAGCAUUGAUAUGAUAGUAAAUCGGUUUGUGCAGAAUAUAUAUAGCACAAAGCUAUAUAUAGUAAAGAUUCCACAGACGAGACAUGAUGAUGUCUAGUUUUUUUUUUUUCACAACGUCUACCUAUUGGCUAUAAGAUAAAAGGACCUGAUCGAAGCACCUUAGCCUAACUUCUUCCCCAUUUAUACCUAUUGGCUAAGAUAAAGGACCUGAUCAAACACCUUAGCCUAUCUUCUUCCCACUUUGAUUUCAGAAUGCGACAUUGAUGUACCGAAAAAAUGUUGACCGAUCUCUGGUCUU